CUGGAAUGGCUGUGAGUACUCGAUGCGUAAUCCUUAUGCAAGCAUGAGUUUCAUUAAUGAAGAAAGACCAGGAUUGCAUGGAACAGUGACAGAGAGGAUAUUUGGCAGUAACAGCAGCAAUUGGACUAAUUACAAUUUCAGGAUGGGCACAUACUCUUUCAAUGCACUACCUAGCUGGAAAAGCCAUAAACUGAAGAAUGAAUUCUCAUCAUCUCACAAUCUUGAAUCAUUCCACACCUGGUCAAGAUUAGGCCCAAUUGGGCUCAACCCCGUAAGCCAAACGCAAGCUAAGGCAGAAGAUCAUACAAAUUUUAGCAGAAGUAAUGGCCCUUCUGAUUUAAAUAAACCUAAUCAACAAGACUUUAAGGCGAUGAAAAGAAAGACUUCAGAUUGCAACCUUGAUUUGGAUCUAUCACUACGGCUAACGCAGGUGAACCAAGCAAACCAGCGAAAUUCCAUGGAAGACAAUGUUGGUAGUGAGUUAUCUCUGUCAUUGUACUCACCAUCAUCCUUAAAGCUUAGCAGAUUAAAAGGAGAUGAUCAUACCAAGGAGAGUGCAAGAAGGACCGCCAUCACCAUGUCUUGUUGGCAAGAAAUUGGGGCAGAAGGGUCCUAUAUAAGUUUUCACAAAAUGUUGAUAAUCCGAGAUAGAAGUAAAACUACUAUGUAUAUAAAGAGCAGGAACUUCGCUUAUGCAUACGGCCUUAAACAGAAUUCUAAUGAUUCAAGAGCUUGCUUGAUUCCACUAUUAUUUGAAAUUAUUUUAAAGUUUAGGGUCCAGGGAACUGUGAUGGAACUAUACUUUGAAAAUAGAAAAGAAACAACUUGUGAAUACUAA